AUGCGUCGAGACGCUAACCCGCAUGCGCAAUCAGUUGGAACAAAUACCUUACGAGCUCUAAUAAAUACGUACCGACUGAAAAAAAGUUACGUGGAAAAAAGAUACUUUAUUUUUUGAAUUUUUUUAGAUAGGAAUAACAUGCACGUUAAAGUUAAUUUAAAAUAUCAUAAAACAUAGAGAAGCUGUAAUAUCAUGUACUAACAAAAGAGACUUAUAUGUUCUAACCCAUACGCGAUGCAUUGAGCGCCGCGUUGCAAGCUAAAAAAGCCAAAGAUUUCCUGAAUGAUUCACGACCGUUGAGAACUGCCGCCGCGUCGGAGCUUGAAGACAUCGUUCGUUUCCUCCCAUUGUUUAUUGUUGCGUUUUAUGUUCCAUUAUACCCUAACGUAUUAAGUCGUAUUAUACCCUAACACCUCAAGAUAUUUUCAGUCUGAUUCUUGACUUAUUAGACGAAAGCAGACAUGCGUUCGUAUCUUCGUUUCAUCUACUUUGUCUUCUGUCUUGUCAGCUUCUGGAAAUGCGGAGCUUCACAAAGUUGCCCUGCUCUCACUAUUCCAAACGGUUCGAUAACCCCUGCUGGUCCAUAUGCUGCUGGUACUACAGCCAGAGUUGAUUGCAACAGAGGUUUUGUCAGAAACGGUAGUGCAAUCAUGACUUGUCCAGCAAAUGGCCAAUGGACAACUAUAACCAAUUGUCAAGUUCCCUUCGGCUGCCCUGCUCCAAAUAUUACAAAUGGAGCACUCGUACCUGCCUUAGCUUCAUAUGACGCAUUUGCAAGAGUUACAUUUACUUGUAAUACUGGGUUUACUUUAGUUGGUAGCAAUGCUGCCCUUUGUGCAAAUGGGCAAUGGAGCUCACAACCUCCUCAGUGCAGAAGGGUUUUAGAAUGCCCUGCUCUCACCAUUCCAAACGGUUCAAUAACCCCUGCUGGUCCAUAUGCUGCUGGAACUACAGCCACAGUUGAUUGCAACAGAGGUUUUGUUAGAAACGGUAGUGCAAUCAUGACUUGUCCAACAGAUGGCAAAUGGAAAACUAUAACCAAUUGUCAAGUUCCCUUCGGCUGCCCUGCUCCAAGUAUUACAAAUGGAGCACUCGUACCUGCCUUAGCUUCAUAUGACGCAUUUGCAAGGGUUACAUUUACUUGUAAUAGUGGGUUUACUUUAGUUGGUAACAGUGUUGCUGUCUGUGCAAAUGGGCAAUGGAGCUCACAAUCUCCUGAGUGCAGAAGCGAAACACCAGGUUGUCCACCUCUGCCCGCACUUGCCAAUGGACAAACUACUCCCAGUACACCAAGCACCAGCGUUGGAUCUACAGUCAGCUUUUCAUGCAGUCCUGGUUAUUUACUUAAUGGAACACGACAUUUGAGCUGUAUGGCCAAUAACAUGUGGUCAGCAGCCCCACCUACUUGUGAAAAAUUUUGUAUAAUGCCACCACCUGUUACCAAUGGCCAGGUAAUAUUGAAAAAUAUUACUCAUAGUCCUGUUGGCUCAGUCGCAGUUUACAUUUGUGGAAAUGGCUUUGUACUUAGUAGCCCCAGUGCUUUAACCUGCUUGCCUUCUGGACGGUGGAGUCCCUCAUCUACCCAAACACGUUGUCAACCAGAUCCACAAUGUGCAUCAAGCCCAUGUUUAAAUGGAGGAACUUGUCGAAAUGUUACUUUAAAUACUGGACUUGGUAACUUCAAAUGUAGUUGUACAAGUGGAAGGGUGGGAACUAAAUGCCAAGCUUCUGCAAGUUCUGCCCAAACCCACCAGAUAGUAUUACCCGGCAACUAUAAACCUGAAUACGCCAACACAAGUUCAAAUGAAUUUCAAUUAACCAGUAAUACUAUAAAAUUGGUUUUAACACUAUUUUUCACUACGCAAGGUCUUGAUGUUGACAUUGUGGUUACUGCUCUUUUAGAAGGAUCAGUUGUUGUCGAAUUUUCUGUUUUACCAUCUUCCGCAAGUGCCACAUUGGAUCCAGCAGUAGUAAACACUGCUUUGAGCAAGAUUUCUGCAAGUGAAUUAUUUAGAAUGUUAUCCAGCGGCAAUGGCGGAGACUUUUCCCCCAGACUAGUCGUUGAUUGCCAGCCACCUCCACUUGUCCCAAACAGUCCAAUCGCCCUUCAAGUAACAGUGAAUGAUACCUUCCUGGAAGUCACUGUAGAAGUACCAAUGCUUGUGUGUGACUGCAACAAUCGUGGAACUUGCCUUUGGGAAGAAAGCAUUGUAAAUGGAACUGACAAAUAUGGUCUUGUUCAAUGCAACUGUGAAGCAGCAUAUGAUGGGGUGAAUUGUAACGAGGAUGCCAAUGGUUGUGCAGGUAACCCAUGUUUCGGGAAUUGCAUAGAUGUCCCGGCUCCACAAUCUGGAUUCACCUGUGCCCCGUGCCCUGCUCAUUUAACUGGCAAUGGAACAACAUGUAUUGACCGGGAUGAGUGUGCAGAGGGAACAGACAACUGUGCUCAGAAUUGCACCAAUGUGGUCAACUCAUUUAAUUGCUCCUGUCAUGCUGGUUUCAUGGUAGACAGUUCAAACUCAUCAAACUGCGUCAAUGUAAAUGAAUGUACAAUGAAUCCUAACAUCUGUGCAGCUGGUGGAUCAGCAGCUGUUUGUUUGGACACUGAAGGAUCAUAUAUGUGUUCUUGCCGGUCUGGUUAUCAAAUGGAUGCUUCAGGUAUUUGUGUUGAUAUUCCUGAUUGCAACAACAGAACCAUAUGUGAUAAUACAACAUCACUAUGCCAAGAAACACCAGGGUCUUAUGAAUGCGCUUGCAAAAUGGGAUAUUCAAGACCGGCCGGCAAGUCCCCGCAAAGUCCAUGUACCAACACCAAUGAGUGCACCAUCUCUCCCCCUGUGUGCUCAGUUGGUUCUCAAUGCUCAGAUUUGGUUGGCUCUUUCCAAUGCGACUGCUUACCUGGCCACAGUAGGAUCAGUUCAACACUGUGUUCUGUCAAUACAACAAGUUGUGCAAACAUUAAUUGCACAACAGAAGGUUCUGUUUGCAAUGAACAUGGCAGUAACCCUGUUACAUGUGAUUGUCCACCAAACAAAGUGAAACAAGGAAACAAAUGUCGUGCUCACUACAAGUUCCAGCAAAGAUUGAGAGAUCUGUUCCAACUUGAUUUCAACAACUUAAACAGUCCAGCAUCUCAACUCUUUAUUGCUAACUUCAAAAACCUAAUGAGACAACUACUGGCCCCGAUAAACUAUGCAGACUUGAUAGUGACAGAAUUAAGAAAUGGAUCCGUUAUUGUUUUGUAUGAUCUGGUAAUGAAUGAAACUGCCCCAGUGGUCUCACAAGAGCAAGUUUUGGUCGUGAUCUCUCAAGCAAUUGCAAGCGGUCAAUUCAACACCUCACUUUUCGAUGGAGCUCCAGCUUCUUUGACUACACAUUUGGACAACAUGUGCCCUAAGAAGAAUAUAACUCAACUGAACCUCCAGGCGUUGCAGAACCAAGCUUUUACCACAAGUCUAACAUGCCAGCCUUCACUGGUUGGCAUAAAUAUCGACUACUGCAACCUAACCAAUGCUGGAAUAUCACCUGCUGACUUGGUUAUAGCUGGACCUGGACCCCUUCCUGCAAAUGUUGAUGCUGCUUGCAAACCACGUAUCUUAUCUUUACCUGAUGGCAAAUUAACUGUUACCUUUUUGCUUUUCGACAUUUUAUCCUGCGGUGUGAGAACGGCAAUGGACCAAGAAACAAUAACCUUGUCGUACGAUGUCCGUAACAUGCCACCCACCACAGGUGUCAUCCAACGUUACUUUGAUGCUUGCAUCACUUUCAACUGCACCUUUAACAGGACUGCACAGGUUGAUUUCAGCCCUAUUGACCCACGAAUUGAAAAACUUGCCCUUGAUGCACAGAGUGGUGCCGGAAGAUUUGAUAUUUCUAUGAAUUUGUUCCGUGAUGAGAACUGCACCAUGCCAUUCCAAAGUAUCGGUGCAAAUCCUCCAAAUGUAUUGGUUGAAGAAUACAUUUAUUUCAAGGCUUCCAUCAAUAGGCAUAAUGCACAUAUGGUGCUUCAGGCUCCAAAAUGUUGGGCAACACCAACAGCCGACCCCCGUAGUAUGCAAAAAUAUGACAUUAUUCAAGAAGGUUGUGCUUCUGCCAUGGAUAAGCCAAAUAUCAAGGUGGUAAAGAACUAUGAGACGUAUUACAUCUCAGCUGGUGUGGCUUCCUUUAUCUGGACCAAUAUUACAGAUCAGAGAAUUUACAUUCACUGUGAAGUGGAUGUCUGCUACAAUACCUCAGGAAGCUGUUCUGGACCAACCUGCCCCUCACGCAGAAAGCGUUUUGUUGGACAAGUGAAUCAUCCAAAUUCUAAGCUGUAUUCAAUUGGGCCACUGAAAAUUGUGUCCGCUUGCGAUGAGCUUGAACCUCAAACUUGUUCACAAAAGUGUGUUGUGAUGAAUGGAAAGCCAAGAUGUUCUUGUAUGGACGGCUUCUACUUAUCUACUGAUGGCAGAACGUGCAUUUUUGAUGGAGCCAGUCUAAGAAAUCCUGUCCCAAUUCAAAGUGAAAACUUUGUGUCAAUGAAUCAAAUCCUUAUCUUCGUUCUCUUCAUGUGUGUUGUUUGUUUAAUUAUCACUCGGGUACGGGAGAGAAAGAAUUAAACUUCCGUGAUCUUCUGUUACAGCACAACAACACAUAUAUCUGUUAUCAAAAAAAGCAAUGUAGCUUGUUUACUCAGAAUUAAAUUUUUAGGUUCAACACUUCAUGAAAAUUAUUAAAUAAACAUUGAAUUGCAAUUUGA